CACAUUAUUGGAGUACAUAUAGAAAAUUUGGCUUUUUUAUUUGCUUUUAUUUGCAUUAAUAUAAAUGAACAAAAAAAUAUUUGAUUGCCAUUGAAGAAUAUUUAGUGGAUAAAUAAUAUUUUAAAUCUCCGUGAAAGAUGGAUUUGUUAGGAUCUAUUCUGAAUUCUAUGGAAAAACCACCCACAACGAGCAACAGGCAAAAGGCAUUAAUAAAAAAACAACAAGAGGAGUAUCAAAAGCAUCAAAAAGCAGAAUCCGAAAGGCUGAAGAGUUUUCGAAAAAAGGUGGAAGAAAAAAUAAACAAGUUUCUUCAAGAUGAUACUGCCAAGGAAUACAAAUUUCUUCCCAUGGAUCAGAUUCACAGAAGUAUAAUACACGACGUUGCUGAAGUCGCUAAUGUUUGGGCAUAUUCAUUCGGGGAAGAAGGCAUUGAUCGUUACAUUAUGAUUUUCAAAAGGGAACAUGCUCCUUCCGAGGAUCAAUUGAAUACCCUCCGAAAGGGGGAAGAGUGGAACGAGGAAGUAGCAAAAAGAAUACAGGAAGAAAGAGAAAAGCAAGUAAAAGAGGAAGAAGAGUCAUUAAACUCGAAGAAACAAAAAGAUAAUUUUGUUCCAAAUAGUUACUAUAAAGACAAAUAUCAGCAUAUAAUUGGAAAAGAGGCAGCUUUAGAGGCUGCUAGAAAAACGGAAGCUAAUAGUAACUAUGGUUGUGUACCUAGCGAGAAUAAAAAAGAUCAACGAAGUAUAGAACAAACGUUAGCAGACAUACGUGCAAAGAGAAGAAAAUUAGAUACAAAUAAUAUCCCAACUGACGGUAAAAAGUGAAGAAACGUGAUGUAGUCUAUAAUUAUAUU